CCUCGGCAGGUUUUUUCCGCUCCGUCUCUUCUUCGGUGCUUCUGGAAAUUUGCCUGAUCUUUUCAUACUCUAUUCGUCUUGCUGUAUAUACAUUCGUUCAUUUUUGUCGUUAUCGAUGGAGGCCAUUCGCUCAUUGGCGUGCUCCCUAUGGGAGUCGGUCACUUUCUGGAAAGCCGCGGCCAUCUGCUUCGCCUUGCUCAAUUUGAAGACUGUCCCCAUGGUGUGGCAUAUCCGCGUCUACCGCUACUUCUUCAAACAUGGCUACCUCAUCACCCCCGCCGUCGAACAGCCCGCCCGUCCCUGCACCGAGGUCCUCGAGCCGGUCAGCAUCUUCUCCCGCGCCCCGAUCAUGGAACUCGACUUCAACAUGCACAAGUCCAACUCGACCUACUUUUCCGAUCUUGACGUCUCCCGUACCGCGCUCAUGUCCAAUAUCGUCGUCAAGGGCGCCGCGCUCCUGGAAAAGCGUCUCCACGCACAAGGCAAGAAAGGAUUUCUGGGCUUUAUCCUCGGCAGCGUCUACACGAGCUUUAAGCGAGAGAUCCCCGCGUACACCAAAUACGAGGUGAAGUCGCACGUCGCCAGCUUCGAUCAGAAAUGGAUCUACAUCGUCACUUACUUCCUCAAGCCCAGCAAGAGCAAGAAGGGCCAAGACGACCCGGAGGUUCUGAAGAAGCGUCUCUACGCCGUGUCGAUCAGCAAGUACGUCCUCAAGAAGGGUCGCUACACGGUCCCUCCCAAGGAUGCCUUUGAGGCGGCGGGAUAUACCCCUUUCUUGUUCGAGACGGAAGCGAAUGGUCACGCGACGGGAGUGAACGGACAUGUCAAUGGCGAUGCGGUGCAGCGCAAGGAGACGGCCGAUGGAACGUCGGAUGAGUGGGAGCGGUUGAAGGCGGAGAUUGAUCGGGGGUUGACUGUUGUGGAACCGAUUAUUGCGCAGGAGGAGAAGCUCAUGGAGGAUUAUGUGCAUAAGAUGACUACGCCGGGGUUUGCCUAGACUUAAGAGUAUAGAUGUUGAUAGACUAGAUAGAUGUUGAUAGACUAGAUAGAUGUUGAUAUAUUCAAUAAUACAGAGUGAUUGUGUUGAG